AGGAAUCAAAGCGUCGCCGUUUCACAGCCAUUCGUUUUGCCUUCCACACUCUACCCAAACCGUAACAACCCAAUCUACGACCGAUCAUGGCGUCCGAGCCUCCCCGCAGCACCACUGCCACGUCAUCCACCGCAGCAAAAGAGAAACGACACCGUUCCAUCUUCGAACUCCCGGCCAACUUCUUCGACUCCUGCGCGCUCCUCACUUCCUCCGGCCUCUCAGUUGCUUCAACCUUCGAGGCCUCUAACACCACCAACAGCUCCGCCCUCGAAACCCUAGACGAGUCUUUGACUGAGAACACCGAUCAAGACCGCUCCCAAAGCGGCGCCGUUUCGACUCGGCUGACCUGCAACACUUGCAAGGCUGAGUUCGAGUCCCUCCAGGACCAGCGCUUUCACUUCAAAUCCGAUAUUCACCGAUUCAAUGUGAAGCUAAGCCUUGCCGGGAAGAAUAUUGUGAAGGAGGAGGACUUUGAUGAGCUGACGUCUGAUUCUUUUAAAGACUUUGAUGUCUCGAGUAUAUCGGGAUCGGAGGACGAUGAACCUGAAAAAGUCGGGCCUUACAAGCUUUCAAGGGCAUCUGCAAGGCAGAAAUUAUUCAUCCACCUUCAGACGGGAGAAAGAGUUUCGGUUUGGAAGUGUUUGAUUACUAACGAAUCUGGACCUGAAAGUGAUUUGUCAUGUGAUGAAUUGUUAGGGAGAUUGAACAAGGUGGUUCAUGAGCCUAGAGAUAGUACCUGUUUUAGAGUUGUGUUGCUUGCAAGUGGUGGGCACUUUGCUGGUUGUGUGUUUGAUGGUAACAAGAUUGUUGCUCACAAGACCUUCCACAGAUAUGUCGUAAGGGCCAAAUCUGGAAAAAAACAGUCAUCAAAUGAUGCAUCUAGGUUUGCUCAUUCUGCUGGAGCUUCUCUUCGUCGCCAUAAUGAACUUGCAUUGAAAAAGGAUAUUCAAGAGCUACUUGCUGCUUGGAAGCCUUACUUCGAUGCUUCGUCUUGCGUUUUCGUUUAUGCCCCUUCUAGCAAUCAUCAGCUUCUAUCUAACGGGGAGAAACCAUAUUUUAGUCAUCAUAAAGUCAGGAAUAUUCCAAUCACUAUUCGGAGACCUACUAUGAAGGAAGCCCGGCGGAUAUAUGAACAGUUGACACAAGUUUCUAAUGAACAAGAGGAGAUUGAAGCUCCUUUAGCUACCAAAAAGGAACUACCCUCUAGUUCAGGGAUUGAAAAUGAUAUCAUCUCAAGCAUGGCGAAAGUCAACAUUAUUGAGCCUAGUACAGAAGCUUGCUCAAGUACUAGUGAGUCCAAUGAACUACCCAUAUCAAGUGAGAGUGAUAAUGUGGUUAAAGGUUCGUCAACACCUUUGCAUGAAGCAGUACAGUCUGGGAAUGCUCUCAAGGUUUUGGAACUCUUGGAACAGGGUCUGGAUCCUUGUGCCAGAGAUGAAAGGGGACAGACUCCAUACAUGGUAGCGAACGAAAAGGAGGUCAGAAAUACAUUUAGACGUUUCAUGGCCUCAAAUCUAGAUAAGUGGGACUGGAAUGCUGCUAAGGUACCUAGUGCAUUGACAAAGGAGAUGGAGGAAUCUCAGGCUGCUAAACAGGCUGAAAAAGAAGCCAAAAGAAAAGCAAGAGCAAAAGAAUUGAAGAAACUACGCAAAGAAAAAGAAAAGAAAGCUCAGGCUGAGGCUGCUGCUUCAAAGAAUACGUCGAUGAAUACAAAGUCUUCUUCAUCAUCUCAGACUAGUCGUGGAUCACAGAUCUCCAAAGAGGAGGAACUGAAGAGGGCAUUGGCAGUAGAGAGGGAAAAACGAGCAGCUGCAGCUGAGCGGAGAAUGGCUGCAGCUGCAGCCCUUAGUGCUCAAGGAUCUGAAGGCGCCGAUGGUUGCUGUGGCUAUGGUCCAAGUGAUGCUUAUGACAAAGAUACCAAUGAUGGUAGCGGCAGCAGCAGUGGAGGUGGUGGUGUUAGUGGCAAGUUAGUGAUCAUAAUUGUGGUGGUCACAACGUUGGCUCUCGAGUUGUGGCAGUGGCGACGCAGACGAUAAUGGGGGCAAGCAUA